GAGGGCGGCUCGGUGUCCUCGCUGCUGGCCUCGGGAGACCUGCCUAAGGGAAGCGGCACGUGGGCGAGCCCUGGCAUGGGACCCUUCAGACUUUUCGAAUGUAAAUGGAAGGCGACAGGGGCAGUUCUGGGAGGCUGGAGAGGUUCCUGCCUUGAGAGGGGGCCACCCAAACGAACCCGGAUGUAGUAGUCAGCCUUCAGGGGACCAUGAAGGCUAGUUUCAUUACCGAUGAGCAAACGAGAAAAAGAAGGAAGCCUUGUUCGUGAACUUCUCAUUAAUAAGUAAAUGGGUGCAGAAGAUACAGCUGCCCCCAAGGCUGGAUGGAGUGGAAAGAAAGCCUCUCCGGGGUUUAAGAGAGAGGACGGGAGAAGGGAAGAACUGUCUUGGUGGGAAAAAGUGCUAAAGGGAUAACGUUGGAAACAAAAGACCGAAGAGAUUGAAGGUUUGGAGUUGCAGAAAUACAAGGGUUUGGCCUUUGUAUUACUACUUCCUGAAGUAUAGUGAUUGACCAGGCCUUAUUUACAUUUUUAAAAAUUGCUUCUGGAUAGAGAAGGUAGUUCAGCCUCUGAAGAGGCUGUUUGCUGGCCGUAGGAGAGGUGACAGCGGUGCUGGAAGAAAAUUGGCCCAAUAUAUUGGGGAGCUUGAGCAUGCCAGGCUGACUGCUGAGCUGGAUAUGAAGUGUAUGGAAGAGGGUGGAACCAGAGAUGUUUUCCUAGAGAAAACAGUUUGGAAAAGAAUAGUCUAAGUUCUCUUGAAGAACUGUGCAUCUGACCGCCCACUACAUCAAACUGCGUUUGUAUGCAGCUUUUCCUCCUCCUCUUCUGGAAGGUCUGAAGAUGACAACAGCAACACGACAAGAAGUCCUUGGCCUCUACCGGAGCAUUUUCAGGCUUGCACGGAAGUGGCGGGCAGCAUCGGGGCAGAUGGAGGACACCAUCAAAGAAAAACAGUACAUACUAAGUGAAGCCAGAACACUCUUCCAGAAAAACAAAAAUCUCACAGACCCAGACCUGAUUAAACAGUGUAUAGAUGAAUGCACAGCCAGGAUCGAGAUCGGACUGCAUUACCAGAUUCCUUAUCCAAGACCAAUUCAUCUGCCUCCAAUGGCUCUCACCCCACUACGAGGCCGGAAACUUCAAAGCCAGGAGAAACUGAGAAAACUUUCCAAACCAGUGUAUCUGCAGUCUCAUGACGAAGUUUCUUAAAGGAGAGGACAGUUGACUUUUGAGACUGGUGAGCUGACUCAAUUUGGAAUGUAAACCAGGCAACCUACCCUCCUGAUUAGAAGCGAAAAGAACACUUCCUUUAGAGCUCCAGAGUUGGUCCUCACCGAUGACCUGUGGCUGCAAGCAUCCCUAGGGUUUUUCAGGGUCCUGCUGCUGCCUGAGUUGUUGACAUUGACCCUAGAGGUCAUGGACCGUACUACAUCUUAACUGAAGUCAUCCUUGGAAGCAAGUCUGAGGCUUGUGGAGGAAGACUGAAGGCAGUUCCUGGGACUGCCACUUAGCACACAUCAACUGAUGGAAAGGGCUUAGCUGAUGGCUGCAGGUUUGCAUGGCUACCAAACUGUGUUGCUUCCAAAAUACUGAAUAGAAGUUUAUCCACAAGUUAUGCAUUUGCUUAAACGUGAUUUCUGUACAGGCUUUUUUGUGGCCUCCUUACUCUUGUAAUUUCCAGAUAUACUCCAUUAUAAUAUAAGGGCAUCUUUGGAUUGAUCAUACCUUGUUUUGUUUUGUUGGGGUUUUUUUUUGGGGGGGGAGGGGUGUUGUUUUGAGACAGGGUUUUCCUAUGUAACACUUGCUGGGCUAGAAUUCUCUAUGUAGACCAGACCGGCCUUGAACUUGUGUGGAUCCUCCUGCUUCAGCUACUCAAGUGCUGGAAUUACAGACCUGAGCCACUACACCCAGCUGAUCAUUUGGUCUUUUUAAUGGAAAUAUGGUAUGACACCCUUCUUCUCCCUAUUGAUAAAUGGAAAUGCAUGCCUUAGUUAUGUGUUUACCUUAUCUUAAAUGUGAUUGUUUAAGAUGCACUUAGGAUCUAAACAGCUUCCUUGGCAUUUAUACUGCACUCAUUUUGUUCUACUUUAACCUAAUUGAAAAGCACAAGGUCCAAGCUGACUUCCAAGUUAUAUCCAAACAGAAAUGGGAUAAAGUGAGCAUGUGUGGAGUCAGGUGGGAGUUCACAGCAAGCUAUUUGCACAUCUGCAGAGCGUGGCCCUCACUAAUAAAGAUAAAUCCCCACUUAUUUGGG